AUGCUAGAGGGAAAAAGCUGCACAUUUGGUCAUUAUCCAUGCCAACAAGUGGCAUUAAUGGUCAUGGACAGGAUUAUCUCUUUAAAGUUGCCAGUGGAGGUGAUGGAGCGCGAUGUACUACUGGACAUGUUGAAUCAAUUAUGGUCAUUGAAGGUGUUGUUAUUUCAUUCGAUCUCAGUGAUUAAUACAUUACGUGAAGAGCACAUCAACGUCAUGGAGAGACUGGCUUUAGGUGAAUACACCGAAAUUCCUAUUGAUCUACGCACAACUAUGAAUGCCCGAUAUCAAUAUCUUGUUGUUCGUAACAUUGAAGAAGAUGAUUAA